AUGGCGUCCUCGACAGACUUCGAGCUUCCGCUUCGUCCUGCGGCUAGCCAUUAUAAAAUGGACGAAAGCAGUGGCUCUAGUGUUGACAUUGGCGGUCACUCCAAGACAUCGGAUCAGUCUAUUGACAAGAAUCACCUUGAUGACAGCGGAAACGCCUCUGAAGGCAACCAAACCAUCCACGGCAAAGCUCUCAACACAUUCGACCUUACUUCGACGCGACUGAGCCUCCCUCACAUCAACUACUCUGGCCAUCCUAAUAUUACUAUGUUGCCCGGCCUUGAAUUCAAGCUUGAGUACAAUGGAGGCUUCAUGACUCAGCCCAAGUCUGGUCUUCUUGGAUGGAUGCUUCUUCCGUACGGAGCCAUCAACGAGUCUGCCUCUCGAGACGGUCUUGUCAAUGUGGCCAAGCGCAUUGAGCAAAUUAUGCUCAAAGCUCUUCGAACCUAUCGUACUUCCAACGACUCUGACGCCAUGGAGUUGGACACCAUCAACGCAGUAUUUUUCUUGACGUUCAAGAAACUGAGGAGCGAUGGGAAGUCAUGGAACUUCCAGAGCGCCGAUCGCAAGAUGUUUGCGAUUAUCAACGAGAUUCUCAACGCCCGCAAGCGCUUCUUGUCCAACAAAGACAAAGAGUUGGAAGUUGAUCCCAUGUUCCUACCCUUCCAGAACGCUAUCGACGAUGUCAUCCGCGUCGUGGAGGGUGGUCUGCGCAACAAGGCGGCUUCCAAGAAGUCAUACAACACUCUGAUGGACUCUAGACGAAAGCGCGAUCGCUAUGAAUCUUCCACCGAUCCUUGGGCCCGCGUCACUAAGCAAUCUCGCAUCUCGGACAGCGACGCCGACGCCGAGAUUGAUCGCAAGCCUCUGGAGGAGCAAGUAGCGUUCUGGCGCAACAGAAGCAAGGAUACCGAGGAGAAGAACGAGCUUCUUGAGAUCAAUCUCAUGAGAGCCAACCAGCAAUGUCAGCAGCUGCGAGAUACGGCUUCGUGUAUCGGAGCAAAUUGGUCAAACCGCCUGCAGCGACUGUGGGGCUUAGUCCUACCCGCCGUCAACCGCGACUUUGAGCAGCAAGGCAAGCAAAAGUGGGAUGAGAACCGUCUAGUCCCAUUUCUUCGCAAGGGUGGUCUUCAUGAUGAUGCUGAUGCCAUGAUGGGCAAGGACCAGAUUUGA